AUGGGCAGCGUCGCGGAAAAGGCACGCUUCUAUCUCGAACGGGCAGCUCCCCAGCUCCGCGAGUUUGAGGAAAAGGAAAUCUUCAAUAAGGAUGAAAUCCGCUCUCUCGUCACCAAACGCUCCGACUUCGAGCAUCUCGUCCUCUCCCCAGGCACCAAGCCCUCCGACUUCCUCUCGUACGUCCAAUGGGAGCGCUCCAUGGACCGCCUCCGGGCCAAGCGCUGCAAGCGUCUCAAAAUCCGUGGUUCCAACCCCCGUCCCUCCGAGGCCCGCGUCUUUGGCAUCUUCGAGCGCGCCGUCAUGAAACACCCCGGGUGCAUCCCGCUCUGGAUCGCCUAUCUCGACUUUGCCGCCGAGAUCAAGGCCACAAAGCGAUGGCGCCGGGUCAUCACCAAGGCUAUCCGUAUGCACCCGAGGAGCGCAGUGCUGUGGACAAUGGCAGGACGCAAUGCGGCGGUGCACGGCGAUAUGGAGAGAGCGAGGGCCUAUUUCCUCAGAGGGUGCAGGUUCUGUACUGGGGAGGUUAGUCUGUGGGUGGAGUAUGCAAGAUGCGAGAUGGAGUGGUUGGCGAGGAUAGAGGCCAAGAAGAGUGGCAAGGGAGUGCGGAGGGGAGUCAACCCGCUCGAGGCCAUCAAGGCUACCGAGGGUACUGAAAUCGAGGGCGACCAUAUUGCGCUGGACGACUCAGACGAGGAUGACGAAGUCGACGGUGACGAACUCAUCUUGCCCGAUCCGGAUGCCGGCGAGAAGAAGAAAAAGCCCGUCUUCGACGCCGAAGCUACCCGCAAGCUCGAGCAAUCACCCGCUCUGUCGGGCGCCAUCCCAAUGGCCAUCUUCGACAUUGCCAAGAAGCAGCCGUUCUACGCCGCUGCGGCAUGCGAAGCCUUCUUCGACAUGUUUGCCACCUUUGGCCACGUCUCUUGCCAAUCCAAGAUUACCCAGCAUGUGCUCUCCGCUAUGGAGGAGUCGUUCUUCAAGUCGGCGUGCACUGCGAGCUGCUUUAUCAGGCAACCGCUUAUUGGCGUGGAUAUCAACACGCCGGAGUUCCCCAAGGCUUUGCGCGAGUCGCUGGCCAGGCUGCGCAAGGCGUAUGCGGAGCAGACGGAGGACAAGAAGGCGCUUGCUGGAAAGAUUGUGGAUUGGGCCAGCAAGAUCCUGGAGAUCGAGAGCUUGGAUCCGGCGAUCAGGACGGUGCUGGAGGCUACGAAGAAGGGAUUGGAGGCGGAGUUGGGACAGGAGAAGGCUUAGAGGUAGAAUUGGUUAAUGAUACCCAUGAAAGAGUAAUUAGUUUAUCGUCGGUUUUUGCCUUAAUGGUUUUAUUGAU